AUGCCUUCUCCCCCAGCGCGGGAACGGUGCUUUAAAAGCCUCACAGCCUAUAAUCUGCUAUCAUCUACCACACCCCCUCAGGCCUUAUUGCUUCAUUACCCCUCCGUCAGUCAUAGAGGAAGGAAGAGCAAAGACACAUCACCCAGCCAGAAACCACCCAGCCCCACACAGACACCACCCAGCCCCACACAGACACCACCCAGCCAGACACCACCCAGCCCCACACAGAAACCACCCAGCCCCACAGACACCACCCAGCCAGAAACCACCCAGCCUCACCCAGAAACCACCCAGCCUCACCCAGAAACCACCCAGCCUCACACAGAAACCACCCAGCCAGAAACCACCCAGCCCCACACAGAAGCCACCCAGCCCCACAGACACCACCCAGCCAGAAACCACCCAGCCUCACACAGAAACCACCCAGCCUCACACAGAAACCACCCAGGCACACACAGAAACCACCCAGCCAGAAACCACCCAGCCCCACAGACACCACCCAGCCAGAAACCACCCAGCCUCACACAGAAACCACCCAGGCACACACAGAAACCACCCAGCCUCACACAGAAACCACCCAGAAACCACCCAGCCUCACACAGAAACUACCCAGAAACCACCCAGAAACCACCCAGUGCUCCGAGGGAGUGA